GACAUCAUCGACGCGCACCAGCUGGGAGCCACACUUCCUGCGGCCGACCGAGAAGAUCUCCGCAAGCUGAACACGAAAGCCGAAGUAGGCACUUGGACACUCCUUAAGGUGGAAGAAUACGAACAUCUUGUGCUCGUCUACCGCAGUAUGCACAACGCCACCGUGCUCGGUGGCACCCUCCCUACCGAGCUUCUCUCCCUCAUCUUCGCCUUCGCAACCGUCCCACAUGGAUGGACAUCAGAACGCAUGGCACUGCGGCUCUUGCGCGUCUGUCGGCGCUGGCGUGAGGUUGCGCUGGGAUGCUCCGAGAUCUGGGCCAACGCGCUUAACAUCGGGACGUUU